AUGUCCCCAGGAGAUGAGGCGGAGGUGGAGCACCGGGUGGCGGAGAUGAAACGCGAAGGUUUUUGGUCCUUGAGGCGUUUGCCCAAAGUCCCGGAACCAACGCGACCCAAGGUUCACUGGGAUUACCUCUGCGAGGAGAUGCAGUGGUUGGCCGCCGAUUUCGCCCAGGAACGGCGCUGGAAGAGGGGCGUGGCCCGCAAGGUGGUGCGGAUGGUGAUGCGGCACCACGAGGAGCAGCGGCAGAAGGAGGAGCGGGCCAAGCGGGAGGAGCAGGCCAAGCUGCGCCGGGUGGCCGCUGCCAUCGCCAAGGAGGUCAAGCAGUUCUGGACCAACGUGGAGAAGGUGGUGCAGUUCAAGCAGCAGUCGCGGCUGGAGGAGAAGCGGAAGAAGGCCCUGGACCUGCAGCUGGACUUCAUCGUGGGCCAGACCGAGAAGUACUCGGACCUGCUGAGCCGCAGCGCGCUGCUGCGGAGGAACAAGCGGCCCUGGGAGCCCCGCGAGGAGGAUGAAGAGUUCGCGGCCGAGGAGGAGGAAGGUGAGGACGGGGCAGGGAGGGGGAACGCGCUGCUGCGGAGGAACAAGCGGCCCUGGGAGCCCCGCGAGGAGGAUGAAGAGUUCGCGGCCGAGGAGGAGGAAGGGGCGCUGCCAAUGGAGGAGCUGCUGCAGCAGUACGCCGGCGCCUUCGCCGACUCCGACUGCGAUUCCCCCCCCGGCGCGCCCCCGGGGGGCCCCCCGCCGGCUGCCGCCCCGCCCCCCACCGCCGCCCCCACCCCCAAGAAAGAGAUCACCGACAUCGCCGCCGCCGCCGAGAGCCUCCAGCCCAAGGGCUACACCUUGGCCACCACCCAGGUGAAGACGCCCAUCCCCCACCUGCUGCGGGGCACCCUACGGGAGUACCAGCACAUUGGGUUGGACUGGUUGGUCACCAUGUACGAGAAGAAACUCAACGGGAUCUUGGCCGACGAGAUGGGGUUGGGCAAGACCAUCCAGACCAUCUCCCUCCUGGCCCACCUCGCCUGCGAGAAGGGCAGCGGGGGCCCCCCCCUCAUCAUCGUACCCACCAGCGUGAUGCUCAACUGGGAGAUGGAACUGAAGCGCUGGUGCCCCAGUUUCAAGAUCCUCACCUACUACGGGGCGCAGAAGGAGCGCAGGCUGAAGCGCCAGGGUUGGACCAAACCCAACGCCUUCCACGUCUGCAUCACCUCCUACAAGUUGGUCCUGCAGGACCACCAGGCCUUUCGGCGGAAGAACUGGAAGUACCUGAUCCUGGAUGAGGCCCAAAACAUCAAGAACUUCAAAUCCCAACGUUGGCAAUCGCUCCUCAACUUCAACAGCCAGCGGCGGUUGUUGCUGACGGGGACGCCGCUGCAGAACAGCCUGAUGGAGCUGUGGUCCCUGAUGCAUUUCCUGAUGCCCCGCGUCUUCCAGUCCCACCGGGAGUUCAAGGAGUGGUUCUCCAACCCCCUGACCGGCAUGAUCGAGGGUAGCCAGGAGUACAACGAGAGCCUUGUCAAGCGCCUUCACAAGGUGCUCCGCCCCUUCCUGCUCCGCCGCCUGAAGGUGGAUGUGGAGAAGCAGAUGCCCAAGAAGUACGAGCACGUCCUCAAGUGCCGCCUCUCCAAGCGCCAGCGCUACCUCUACGACGACUUCAUGGGCCAGGCCAGCACCAAGGCCACCCUGGCCAGCGGACACUUCAUGAGCGUCAUCAACGUGCUGAUGCAGCUCCGGAAGGUGUGCAACCACCCCGACCUCUUCGAACCCCGACCCGUCCACUCGCCCUUCAUCACCGAGGGUAUCUGCUUCGUCACCGCCUCCCUCGUCCUCCGUGCCCUUGACCCCGACCCCUUCAAGGUGACAACGUCGGGGACGCCGACCGGGGUGUGGGGAGGGGGGGGUUGGGGGGCACGAGGAGAUGGUUUCGAGGUGGCGGGUGCUCUGGUGGUGUCACCAGCAGCCAGGGCCACCAGCAUGGCCUGUGGUGGUGUUUCUGAGGAGACAGAGGACACAGGAUGCAUCAGGUGA